UCCGGAGGCGAGCGUCUGCGGUCCAGUUCCGCCAUUUCCUGACAUUCCGAGGAAGGAGUUUGUUUCGCAGAGCAGUGGUAUUAGCAAAUUUGCCGCCACAGGUGGAAGAGCCGCAAACAGAGAUCAGUGCGUGUGGUGAGGCAGCAGGUGCGCGUCAUGGGGCUGUUCAAUGUGCUGGCCACAGCGCUGGGCCUGCGGAAGCGGGAGGUGAACGUGAUUGUGGUCGGGCUGGACAACAGCGGCAAGACCACCAUCCUGAACCACUUCAAGCCAGACCUUGAGCGGCCCGCGGACAUCGUGCCCACGGUGGGCUUCAACGUCGAGAAAUUUAAAGCACAGAACCUGUCUUUCACGGCGUUCGACAUGUCAGGCCAAGGCCGAUACCGCAAUCUGUGGGAGCACUACUACCGCGACUGUGACGCCAUCAUCUACGUGGUGGACAGCAGCGACAAGCUGCGCAUGGUGGUAGCCAAGGACGAGCUUGACGCACUGCUGCAGCACCCCGACAUCGGCGACCGCCGCAUCCCGCUACUCUUCUUCGCCAACAAGAUGGACCUGAAGGAAGCCAUGUCCUCCGUCAAGGUCACCAUGAUGCUCGGCUUGGAGAAGAUGGAAAACAAGCAGUUCCACAUCUGCGCCAGUAACGCCAUCACGGGCGACGGCCUCAGCGAAGGCAUCGAGUGGCUGACGCAGCAGCUGAAGAACUCCAAGGACAAGUGACGUGGAGGCAGCGUCGGGCACUUGUGCCGGCAGGGGACUGGGACCGAGCUCCCUGCGCGGCAGACUGCUGUGUGCGCUGCCGGCCAAUGUUCUCGAGGCUCGGCUCGCUUGAUCUCGUCUGACGUGACCGGUAGAUGGUGCCGAUGAUAGCGUUUUGUUCACGCGCGCAAUGUUCUCAAACGUGCCGCCUCUGGCGCACGCACCUCGCUGUCUGUCGUAGGCGCGGCGGCCAGUGGUAACCCAUCCGUCCAAAGCCCAACAUCUAGUCACACAUGCCUUGCCCGUAGCGUUAAAUUGUACUGCUCGUUUGCACUAGUCCGAUGGUCAGUUGGUGGUGUACAGCGAUCAUCUCUUCUUGGGUGAUGGUGCCUCAUGUGCGUAUCGCAGUGAUCUGUUCUGGGGUGAUGGUGCGUCAUGUGCGUAUCGCAGUGAUCUCUUCGGGGGCGAUGGUGUGUCAUGUGCGUGUCGCAGUGAUCUCUUCUGGGGCGAUGGUGAUGUUGUGGUGUGUGUAUCGCCAUGAUCUCUUCUCGGGUGAUGUUUUGCCGCAUGAUGCCUCAGUGUCCGAACAGUGCGGGCGUUUCAGCUUGGUUACUACCAAGCAAUUAAUAUCGUAAAGCUGUGCCGCACUAAGGUAGUUCAAAGCAUACGAGGCUCAUAGGCCUUUGAGCGCUCUGUUCGUGAGUGCCUGUCAUUCCGUCCAUCCAAAUAACUUGGUCGCGCAAUCGUGCUGUUUGUAAGGACGCCAUGCGUCAUGUCAUCCUCACAUUACGUUUUGCUGUCCAAUGUUCUUACAGUCGUUGGAUGACUGACGCUACUUUUUGACGUAAUUUUUGUGUGAAUGAUAGUCGCACUGAACGAAGAACAUAUUCGGUCCUUUGGCUUGGUCAGGUUAGUGUGUGUGUGUAUGUGUGUGUGUGUGGCAUGGCUGGCAAAGUUUGAGUCAAUAUAUGUAUGUCUGAUUU